ACUGCAGCUGCAGGGGGACCGGUGGGUGGGCGGCGGAUUCAGGGGGGGACCCGGCUCAGUGAUCGGUGAAAGGCCGGGGGAAGAGCGGCCAGGCCGGCAUGGGCAACGUCGACAGCGUCGGGGCGGAGCAGCCCGACUGCGCCGAGGAGGAGGACGAGGAGGAAGAGGACGAGCUGGGCCCGGACACUGAGCGAGGCCCGGCCAAGGCCGGCUUCCCGGCGCCGGGCGGGGGCCCGGAGGCAGCGGACGGAGGCCACGUCCCGGGCCCCAGCCCCGGGCUGAGCCUGCGGUGCGGGCCCAGCCCCGACGCCCUGUUCCAGCACCAGCGGCUGCGGGAGGCGGCGGCCAAGGUGCGGGACGAGGUGGCGGAGAACGUAGUGCAGCAGCAUCACAGCCACUUGAUCCGCUGGCUGGAGGAGCGCCUGGCCCGCGGCGACGAGACCGUCCGACUGGCGCAGUUCUGCGACCUGCUCGCCACCCGUUUCGCCGUCAAGGAGGAAUGCGAGGAGGCAUUUGCUCAGUUUGAUGCGGAAGGAGAUGGCACAGUUGCUGUGGAAAACAUGUUGGAGUCAUUGAAAACCUCUGGUGGAGCUAAUCUGCGGGGAGAAUUGAGUCACGUGAUUCGACAACUCCAGGGAUGCUCCCUUACUCCAGGAUUUGUUGACAUCUUUUCAAAAAAUAAGGAACGCAUGGGUGUUCACGCUGCCAAAAUCUUGCGUUUCCUCCACAGGAACAGAAUUCCAAGCAAUGCUAUCCCUUUCCCCAUGAUGGACAGUUAUAAUAACAUUUGUGCCAUGCGUUCCUCUGUUUUGAAGGAUAGCCUGAAGCAGUUGUUAGAGAAAAAGAAUGAACAAACAAUUCAAUGUCCCACAGAUAUGAAUGGUGAAAGAGGGUUGGAUAAGCUGAACGUAGUAACCAAAUGCUACACCACCUUGGAACCUUCUUCAAACUCAACUGAUGCUGGCAAGAUGACCAAUGGAGAAACUACUUCCUACUGGCAGUCAGAUGGCAGUUCAUGCUCGCACUGGAUCAGGUUACGCUUAAAACCUGAUGUUGUGCUGAAGCACGUUUCAAUAGCAGUGGCAGCCAAUGAUCAAAGUUACAUGCCACAGCAGGUGACUGUGUCGUUGGGGAGGAAUCCUGGUAACAUGCAUGAAGUCCGUGAUGUUCGUAUUCCCAGUAAUAUGACUGGAUACAUUACACUGCUGGAAAACGCAAGCAUCAUCCACCCAUUUGUACAGAUAAAUAUUAAACGUUGUCAUGGUGAUGGCUGCGACACAAGGAUUCACGGGCUCAAGACUACGGGAUACCAGGUUAUGAAGAAACCCGGAGUAUCUGUUUCUGAUGCAUCUGCGAUUUGGUACUUAACCUUAUUAACAACGUUGGUGACUGCUUCUGUGGAAAGAAAUCCAGAUCUGGCACAAUAUGUUCUACAAGUUACGCAAAAAGCCCUGCAGCACAUGCCGCCCCUUUCCCUCACGGCUGGGUCCACUGUAUUGCCGAGCUUCAUGUCAACAAAUGUACUGGAGAAAGUGGACAGUUUUCUCAUCAGGAUUGCAGGCUGCUGUGCUAGCUCUGAAGCAGAGCUGACCCUUUUGGCUUUUGCUUUGGCGAGAGGAAGUGUUGCUAAGGUGAUGACAUCGCUUUUGACCAUCAGUGAUCACCUGGAUACAGAAUAUCAGGCAUCGCCGCUCCUCACAGCCAUGGGAUCUGUGCGGCAAAACCAGCUCCAUAAAUAUGGAAAACUACUUCAGUUGACCGUGGAGGCCUGUGAUGCCAAAGAAGGAAAAGAAAAGGGAUUUGGGCCGACUGUUGUGCUCUAUGAGUCACUGCUGGGAGACGGAUUUUUGUCAGAGGCUGGUCAUACACGAGCCAGCUUCAUUCUGUCAACGAGAAAUAAAUUGGCCAUCCAGCUUACUCAGAUCAGGGUUAAGGUUCAUAAUGGUGCUAAAGGCGCAAAAUGUGGCUUGGUCUUUGCUUAUAAUGAUGAGUCAGAAACCUUUGAUGCAGAGAAACACUUCAAGAGGUUUGAAAAGUAUAACAAAUGGAAGCUACAAGAAUUUCGACAAUUUGUGAAGGAGAGAAGCGGUGACCAGAGUGUCGACUUAGAUGAAGAUGAUCCUGUUGGUUGGUUUGAACUGGAAGAUGAAUGGAAUGAGACUGAAGUAAAAUUACCGGUUUUGCGAAUCAGCAAGUAUUUGAUGGUGAAGUUUCUCUGUCCCCGUCAAGAAGAUGAGAAUAAUGUGCGUAUUGGCAUCAAGCAUCUAUCCAUCCGUGGCUACGUGAGACCACACAGUCAAGAAUGUGUUUCUUUCACUGAUAGUGCACCUAGUGGUCUUGUUGCGGGACAGACUCUUGUGUUGAAGACACUCUACUUCAUCCAGCAGCUGACACAGGAUGCAGCAGAACUGAAGGAGCGGAAGUUGAAAAAGAAACCUUACCUGGACUUCUCAGAUCUUAACCUACAGCUGUUCUGGAACUUCUACAAAAAAUUCAGAGAAAAUCAAGGAUUAGAGUGUCUGCAAGCCCAGACUAUCUUGCUGCAACUUCUUCAGAAUUGUUUGGUGCUAUUGUCUGGAUCUCCUCCGUCUGAGGAAGCGCAAGGGACAUCGCAGUCUGGCACUGAGAGGAAACAGCCUAUUGACACAGAAUCUGCUCGUGACCUCUAUGUGUACCUCUGUGAAGUAGUGGAUGGCGAGAAAUACAACAUGGUUUCUGGAAUGUUGAAGAAGGAAGCAGUAAAUACCAUCCUUCGUGGAGCUGCCAUCUUUUUUCCAGACGUAAACACGCGGCGUAAUCAACUUUUUAAAAUGAUGGAAACGAUCACCGAACCAUCUCAACCUCAUUCUGCUACAAUUACAUUCCAGUCCCUGUGUCAUUACUUUAGUAAUCAGGAUCCAAGUGGGCUGCUCCAGUUGCCACAGAAAGGGAUUCCCGCAGAUUUUGACGUAAAUUCAAUAAUGAUGGUCAUGGACACCUUGCUGUUAGUAGCAACACGAGAGUGUGAAUUGAUGGUCGUCAGUGAUUCAAUUGGGAAGAAUGAAGCCGUUCUUGUCAAUCUGCUUUGGGCAUUGCAAGGUCAUCUCCUCUCCUGGUGUUACCUACAGCUGAAGGAAAGUGACGUCUUAUCUGUUCAACAUGCAAGAGAAAUUCUCCUUAACUAUGUCAAACGCCACAUCUCCAGUGCAUCCAAUGUCUUAGAUUUUCUGAUGCUGAACUGCAGUGGGAAUAAGAUCAUGGCAAAAUUGAAUGACUCCUUUCUUGCUAUGGCAACUAGACAACUGGUAAUCUUCAUUUUGGAACUUUCGAACUUGGAAAUCCCCCACUGUGAUCUGCUGCAAGCUUUCGCUCCACUGGCUAAAAAGUUGAAGAUCCUCUGCUGUGAAACUGGAGAUGACUUUAACAAGCUUGGUGGUGAGAACUUGGAGAAAUCCGAGGAGCCAGUGUUUCUCAGGAUGUGGAGCAUGGAGUCUACACACAACUAUGAAAAUAAUAGUCAUGCAACAACAGUUUUUGUUUGUCCGGGUGCAACAUUGUUUGAAGUGGAGUUUGAUGAAAAAUGUGAAACAGAAAAAAGGUACGAUUACUUGGAGUUUACGGACUCCAGAGGAGUGAAAGUGCGUUAUGAUGGAAAGGUUGGGACAGAGAAAUGGCCAACGUCAUUGACAUUUAAAUCAGGCCCGAGGCUGCAGUAUCUCUUCCACUCUGACAACUGUAACAAUGAGUGGGGAUACAAGUUCAUGGUGAAAGCAUAUGGUCUGCCAGAUGUGCGGGUACCUUGGGUUGCAGAUCUACAGCUGCUUGUGUCUCGACUAAUGGGUUGUCUUGCCUCGCGUGCGCUGUCUUUGAACUCAACCUGUGGGCUGUUCUCUCCUCCUGAGUUACCGGCAGAGAAGGUUACUUCUGUCGUGGAAUGUCGGCUCUGGAAACCCAUCUUAAGGCAUGCAACCUGUGCAGGAAUAAAUCCAUGCUCAGCGGGAACAAUGGACGACACAUCAGCAGAAGCUGAGCUGAGCAAGAAUGAUGUUCAGAAGUUCCUGGUCCAGGUUGCUCUCUGGGAUUCUUUGCAAGAUGAUGUCCCUGACUCUCAGACUGACUUAAUCAAGAAGUUUCUGAGCCUUUGCAAGAAGCAUUCGGCAAGGUUGGAAGUACUUAGUGGAAUUGGCCUUGGGUCAAAUGUUGACCAAGCUGUGAACGCUGUAUUUGCUGCCAUGAUAUACCACAACCCUGAUCUUCACAGUGCACUGAGAACCUAUGUUGCAAGCGGAGGUGCCACAGGAUUCCAUGAUGAAAUUGCAGAAGUGUAUGCAUUGGCUGAAGGAAUGAAAACUUGGAUCAUGGAACGUAAACAGAAAUAUGUGAUGAUGAUCAGUGAUAAAGAAGAAACGCAAGACGAUGACAAGAUGAACCCAGAAAAUAUCAACGAAAACUGGAUUGGGAAGAGCCUUUUGCUAUUAAAAUUUGCCCCAUUACCAUCAAAAAAUGUUGAUUCUUCAUCUGAAGAGAAGAGAAUGGAUACUUUGCCUGAGCAAAACGAUGGUUUGCUAAAGUCCGCCAAUCUGCCGGCACAGCUUAUUUCUGCAGUCCACUCUACCGCAUCACAUGAACCAAUUGUACAGUCGCCAAACACAGUGGACGAAAAAGCCCAGCAAUCAAUCCCUGCCGCCACAGCAUUGAACGAUAACCUUGAUCCUGCUGAGAGCCCAGCUUCUUCAGUGAGCAGCACGCCCAGUGAAAAUCUUGUAUCUCCUUAUAUUGACCUUCACUCUCCUUUUAGUCCCAAACCCAAGGGCUCAUUUAAUAAAGGCCGACUUAGAUUACUUUCACUCAAGUCCAUGGAAGAGUUUAAAAUUGUCCCAAUCCAAGACAAAUAUCCAAUUUUGAAGAGCAUUUUGGAGUUUAUGAAGGAUACCAACAUUUCAUCUGAAAGUGUUUUGCAGGUUCUAUCUUUGCGGAAGGACCAGGCCAAGAAUAUCAUUAAUGUUCUCCGUGCGGUUAGCGAAUGCCUGCAAUCACUCGGACAACCUCAUCUCUUCCAGUUCUCCUGCAUUCUCUUUCUGCAGGAAAUGUUAACAUGUCAGAAGGAAUUGAUCAGCUAUCAUCAGCAGUUGGAGGGCUGUGGAAAGGGACUAUGGCAUGAACUCCGGCAGACUUACCACAAUCUUGUGUUGCUUCUUGUAACUGCUGUUCGUCAGUUUAACACUGAGAAAGAUUGGUCUCUGCUCCCAGCUCUGUCCUGUGUUCAGACCUGCCUUCUACAUUUACUGGAUAUAGGUUGGGAGCCACUGGACAUAUCCUUUUUCAAUGACAUCAAGUUACCUGAUCUCCUACUGGCAAUGUCACAAGAAAAUAUCAGUAUUCAUGACAGCGCCAUUCACCAGUGGAGUGAAGAGGAUGAGAUUGCGGAUUAUGAAUGCAACAAAGAAUGGAUGGAUGAAUGUCAGGAUGGAAUACAGCUGCGGGUCUGGUAUGAUAGGAUGACCAAUGCUACAGCUGAAGAGAAGAGGCGAAUGCAUAUGUUUGUUGCACGUUACUGUGACCUGCUGAAUGUGGAGAUAUCCUGCGACGGAUGUCAUAAAAUAGCACCGUGGCAUCGUUACCGCUGUCUCCAGUGUCCAGACAUGGAUCUCUGCAAAACAUGUUUUCUCGGAGGAGUGAUGCCUGAACAUCAUGAAGAUUAUCAUAAGAUGGUGAACAUGGAGUACGCGUGUGAUCACUGCCAGGGGCUAAUCAUAGGCCGCAGGAUCAAUUGCAACGUAUGUGAUGACUUUGACCUUUGCUACGGGUGCUAUUCUGCAAAGAAAUACCCUGACAGCCACUUGCCUACACACAGCAUCACGGUGUUCCCCAUGGUGACGAUUCGCAUCAGUGACCGCCACCGUCUCAUCCAGCCAUACAUCCACAACUACACCUGGCUGCUGUUCAGCGCACUGGCCCUCUACACGGCCGACAUCGUUACAGAGCAGAAACCCACCAAGGAGAAUCUGGACCCUUGUGUGCAAUCUCAGGCUGAGGCACUGGAAGCUCGCUGCACAGAGCUCAUCACUGAAUAUCUAAUCAAAGCCCAUCAAGGAAAAAGUCUAAAGAACUCUGCGGUACUUUCGUUACUCUCCAAUGCAACGAGUGAAAGUGAGAUGGCCAUUACUAAUACCACAGCAGAAUCUACAGCGGAGAUGCUUUCCACAACUGAUCAAUGCACCAGCAACCAACAUCAGGAAUCAACUGUUGCAGAUGACCAAAGAGAAAUGUUAUCUGAUACACAAUCCAAAGAUGAACAGGAAGCUGUUCAGCGUCGUCAGGAGAAAAUCAAAAAGAAGAUAAAGUCAAGUGCAAGUGAUAGCACUUUGGCAAGUAUUGACAGCAUUGAGUGGGAGAGUGUGCAGGUCCUAGAGGUACCUGGGUCCAAGAAUGACGCUUCAUACUCAGAGAAAGGAGCUGUAAGCCAAGAAUCUUCAUCCACAACUGACUCCACCGAAAUGUCUUCAUCCAGUCAAUUAAAUAUCCCUGCAGCCGCAGGUAUUGCAUCCGAAGAUGAGGUUAAAAACACCAGUCCCAUGAAUAGUAUUUCUUCAUCACAUCAUCCUUCCUCGGAAAUUUCCAGCAAGAGAUCAAAGGUUGAAGAUCAAGUCAACACUUCACAGUCUGAGCAGACUACUCCGUUAUCUGCGGUAUCUACUUCGGGGGCAACUGAGCUGAAUUUCACCUCCAGUGUUGCAUCGGACACAGUCUCAAAAUCAUCUUCCACUGAUGCAACAACAUCAGUUGCCUCAGAAUCAGUUCCACAGACCUCUGUGUCAGGUACACAGCCGACUGAAUCCAAUAUAGCUGAGCAACAAAAGACUACAAUGGAUGUGAAGAUGCUUAGAGCAGGAUCAAAGUUUGCCGGGGGAUCCACUCCCAAUCAUUCACAUGGAUCAAAAGCUGCCUUCAAAGUGGAUGUUGGUGAAAAAGAGGCCGUGCCCAACCAGGACCAGGUCUUUGCUGAGUGCUUGCAGGAGAGAAUACUGGGUCUACUUGCUGCCAUGUUACCUCCUGUAAAAACUGAUUCAGCUAUAUGCUUACCAAACCUGAGGCAGGUACUGAAGCUCCUAUUCCGGGUGGCAAUGCAGAAUCCUGGACAGCUGCUUGAAACCUAUCACUUGACCCUGGGACUGCUUGGGCAGCUCCUUCUGAGAAUCUCCCCAGAAGAAGCUGAUGCUGCAGUGAAAGAAGUCCUCUUUGCGUCGUGGACGCUACUUAGCACUGCACAAGGCCAACUAAAAUAUCCAGGAUGGAUGACGACACAGGUUUUGUUCAGCCUUGGAGCAGUUUGCUUGGACUGCAGGAUUAGCCUGGACUGGGCAUCAUCAGUUGCGGACAUACUCAGAGACCUGAACUCUAGCCCCCAGUGGCAGAAAGUGAUCGCUGCCUUCACAAAGCGCUGCAUUGAGGAGCUUCCCCUCCGUUUAAAACGCACCAAUGUCUUUGCACUGUUGGUUCUGGUGGGAUUUCCAGAGGUAUUAUGCAGGGGAACGCAUACUGUUUACAUAGACAAUGCCAAUGAGACGCAUGAUGUUAUCGUCCUGAAACAUUUCACAGAGAAGAUUCAAGCUGUGGUCAUUGACAUCCAGACUCGCAAGCGUAAAACAGUGAAAGAUUAUCGGUUAACGCAGGUAUGUGAGCCUGAAUGGAUGACAUCUCAACCUCAGCUUAUCCAGUUCCUGCAGCACUUCAUGCUAAUCUACAGCCAUCUACUGCAGACUAACAUGGACAGCAGUUUCCCAGAUGCAGUGGAGGCAACUUGGCUGCAAUCAUUAGCUCUAAAGGGUCUCUACAAAAUGCUGCAGAAACAUAGUAUUGAAGAGAUCCAUCCGGUCAUUAUGCAGUCUGGUUUGAUCAAAUUACUGGAGAAGAAAUGCACCAAAGGGACAGGGUUCAGUAAGCUAUGGUUGCUUUGUGAUCUGGAGACCCUGUCGAUCAUGAUGUACUCAUCAAAAAAAGAGAGCAGUGCCAGUGCUGAAGGGACUGAUGUGGAAUCAGAGGAGCGGGAACUGACACAAGAUCACGAGUCAAAGAGCAGUUCCUCAGUGUUUGAUUUGGACGAAACUAAGCCUGAUCCUUUGGAAGGUCUUGAUGAAGCCACAAAAAUUUGUUUCCAGAUAACACACGAUGCUCUAAAUGCACCUUUGCAUAUUUUGCGAGCCAUGUAUGAACUUCAGAUGAGAAAAACAGAUUCCUUCUUCCUUGAAGUUCAAAAACGAUUUGAUGGGCAUGUAAUUACCACAGAUGAGACCAUCCAGACCAUGUCAAUGAAGUGGCAGCCGAACAAAACCUCGCACACGGAAGACCACAGCACAAAAGCAGUCGACACUGAUAUGAUGAUUGUACCAUGUGUGCACAAGAUCAUGGGAAAGGCCUGCACACUGUCCAAACCUUUGCGUUGCGAGAAGGCGAUAGAAGAGAGCAAUCCUGUCUCGCAGAAGCUCAUCACCAAUACGGAGAGUGACCUGCAACUCAGCUUUGCGAAACAGCGGCGCACUAAAAGCUCCAUGCUGCUGCACAAAGAGCUGGAGACGCGCAGCAAGAGGGCAGUGCGUGACUACCUGUACAAGGUCAACGAAGCCAUCUCCAUUCUCUACGCCAGGCACGUUCUGGCCUCUCUGUUGGCCAACUGGCCGAGUGGGGUGGCCAUCACAGAGGAAGUGCUGGGGCUCAGCUGCCCGUCUCACAUGGCCUACGUACUUGACUUGCUCAUGCAGUUGGAGGAGAAACCUUUGUGGGAAAAGAUUCUGCAGAGAGUGCUGCUCAGUUGCAGUGAGAACAUCCUGGGAUCUUUAGCAGUGACUGCCUGUCAAUUUAUGGAGGAGCCAGGAAUGGAUGUUCAGAUUAGAGAAUCCAAGCAUCCCUACGACAAUAAUACAACAAUUGAGGAUAAAGUUCAUAUCCCUGGUGCUAUUUACCUGUCAGUGAAAUUUGAUGCUCAUUGUGUAUCUGAGGAUGGCUGCGAUGAGUUAUUGAUGUCCAGCAGCAAUGACUACAAACAAGAUCGGCAUACAUUCAGUGGAUCGUCACAUAAAUGGAUUGACUUUGACAUUCCAGGUGAUACGCUGUAUUACAGGUUUACAUCUGACCUAGACACCAAUGAUUGGGGUUAUAAAUUCACAGUUACGGGAGGCCAUCGUGGGCGAUUCCUGACUGGGUUUGAGAUACUCAAGCAAAUGCUGUCAGAGGAGAGGAUUCUGCCACACCUUCCUCUCACUGAAAUUUGGGAGUGGCAAGUGGGUGUGGCUUGUCAACAGAUGGGGCAUCAACGACUAAAAGCAAUUCACCUGCUUUUGAAGAUAUUACAGUGCACCUCCUACAGUGGCUGCGACCUUACUAUGUUGAGGCCACUCUGGCAGCUCUUCACCAAGAUGGAAAAUAAUACACAACAGGACCAGACUGGAGUAUUUAUUCUUCCACCUCUACAACGAGCCUUGACUGAGCUGUUCUACAUUGCAGAAAAACAGGCCACGGAACUUGGGGUGCUGCACGACUACUUUUUGGCCUUAACCACAGAAGAUCACAUACACCACUGUGUUGUGCAGGGACUGAAGAAUGUUGCUGCGAUCAGUCUCGCAAUUAACCAUCAGAAUAAAGCCACCCGCCUCCUGAGUGAACAGGGAACGUCUCAAACCAAGCCGGCUUAAGGAAGCUCAUGGUACCUUCAGACCACCAAGCUAAUGGAACUAAGACGAGCAGAGUCAUCCCAUGAAUCGCAUCACACAGCAGUGACUGUCGGAUGUACUCAAACCUGCACUUUCUAAGGUUCAUUCUCCUUCACUGUCUCUCCUCUCUUUCUCCUCUGCACUGUGACAAGACCCCCUUUCAGAGCACAUUGGGUUCCACGUUGACGGAAAAUCCAACUUGAGUUUAUCUUACCACCCUGAUGGUUUGGGAUCACUCAUUGAACCAAACGUUUCUUCCACAGCAGGAGCUGGGCAGAAAGUAAAGAUGAGGUCAACUUUUCCACACACACCCUUCACGGUAUUAACAGGUUCCCUACAAUUGAAUAUUUGCGUGGAGUUGAUCAUUUAUUUCUGGCACUGGAGUUGUUGAUUUUGCUUUUGGUAGGUUGGAUAUUUCAAUAUUAAGAAAGUGAUCCUUUUUAUGAAGGUAAUUUUUUUUUAUUGUUUACCGAGAUAGAAAUCUUGACCAGCUUGUGUUUACUUAAUGCAUCAUUUGAGAAUCUGGCAGCAGUUAAUUGUAACUUGGAAAGGCCAUGUUUUCACCUAGUGAAAUAAUCUGCGUUACAUCUUAACAAGUUCUCAAGACCCUGACUGUUCACCACUCUUUCCCCCUCCCAAUUCUAAACGCCUUCCACAAAAAUAUAUUCAUAAAGAACACCUGCCGGACAUUUGUUGUCCGUCACACAGGAAGUGUAAUUUUCAUCCAAUUAUUGGAACAUAUUUUAUUUAAGUUAGUCCUAGCAUAUAGUGCCAUUUCUAACAUUGUACUGUUCUGAAGCAAGAGAGGGUUUCUUUGCGUCAAUCUUCCUCCUCUGACCUUCCCCCUCCUCCAAUGCUGCAUAGAAUCUUGAAUGUAUAAUGCUGUUGAUAUUAUGUGAUGCGGGUAUGAAUUAUGCAGUUGAAAAUAAUGGACAUGUUUAAAAUAUUCCCUCAGUUGUAAUAUUUGCUGAGCUCUUUUAAAUAAUAUGCCAACUUGGUAAUGUUCAAUAAAAUAGAAACGAAGACAUGUGCAAUUAAUCUGUUUUUUUAACGGUUAAGGUUGGAGGUAGCUUGUGGUACAAGACACUGUGGAACCGCGCUGCAUCUUGGCGGAUGUGCAAUAACUUUCCAAAGUUUGGAGCUUUAUUAUAAGGAAGAGAGGAGAGAAUUAGGAUAGAAAUGAGAAGAAAGGAGGAAUGUGGGGCCGGGUGUGUAUUGAUGUACUCGUGGGCAAACGUGGAAGCUGUUAAUGAAUUUUUAAAAAUAACCUGAUUUGAGGGGAGGUGAUGUAGACAGAGAUUUGGGCUUCAGCCAGGAAAGGGCUGGGAAGUAAAUAUUCCGUUGUUGGAAGUAUGUUCAGGCUAUGGGAUAGUGGAGGAGAGAUCAAAACGACAUGUUAAAGUAGCGGAACAAUUUGGCUUGCCGAGCAGGAGAGAGAUGGCACCAUUUGAAUACGAAUUAGGAAUUUGUGGCAGAAUGGGACAAAAGGAGUGGAAUAAAUAGGCGAGGGGUUAAAUGACCUGUGUUCUGUGAUUUGUGAUCUGUGUGUUACUCACCUGUAGCUGUUAACAUCAUUUGAAAAUAUAUGCAUUUUUCCAACUAUCAUCUGUUAUUGUCCUAAAACUUCAGCAUCCAAUGAAUGAAUUAACUCAUCAAUGUAUCAUACCUUUAAAAUGCAUAAUAGUUAAUAAAAUCCCUUCUUUAAAAGUUAA